AAUGAAAAGAUUUCUGAUAUUUUCAGAAUAUGGAAGUGAAGUGACAAGCCAACCAGUCUCUAAACAACAUCUGGAAAGAAUAUCAGAACAAAUAUUGUUUCAAGAACAGACUAAGAAAUUUCCCAAUCAUAAUAAAUCAUCAGAAACAUCUUCAUCUGGGGUUUUUGAAUACUGUAAUUUUCCCAAUCCUAACUCAUUAAAAGAGGAUACUGGUCAUUACCAUAAAGAGCUAGGGGCACAUGGUUACAAACUUAAGCUGGUGCAGAUGAUGAUCAGACAUGGAGAUAGGACACCACUUCAUACUCUAGCUGACCGACCUAACCCAAGAAUCAGCUGUAAGUUUUCAAAGAAGGAGAAACAUGUACACUGGAUUGUGGGCAAGUUUAUCUCCAGAAUGCAAAAUGAGGACGCUAAUGAGAAUUUUGAAUUUUUGCACCCCUAUCCAAAUCAACCAUAUUGUCGGCAGUCAUAUUUAACUCCACAGGGAGCUGUGCAGGCAUUGCUGAAUGGUCUUAAAGCAAAGUACAAGUACGUUGAUCAGUUGGAUUUAUUUGGACAAAAUUUCAGUGAGAGAAAAAUUAUUGUGAAGAGUACAGUAUACCCUAGAACUUAUCAGAGUGCAAAUGCUUUUAUGUUUGGCUUUUUAUCUGAUUUCAAUGCCAUCGUUAAAAUUCAGAAAGCUAGAACUGAUCUGUGUUCAGAGAAGGAUUCAGGACUGCGCUGUUAUUGUACAGGCAUGGAAAAGUAUGCAACACCUCAAAGGAAUAUGAGAAAGAUGAGUAAAUCUUCAAUACAGGCAGUGACAAACUUCAAAAGGAAAGUAGCCAGUAUAUUCCACAUGGAUGUCACAGAGAUUAAGUCAUUAACUCAUGUUUUUGAUGCGUUGAUGGUGCGAGCUUGUCACAGUCUUCCUUAUCCUUGUAAUAAACAGAGAAAUUCAUGUGUAGAUAGGAAAAUGUUGGACACAUUGUGGAGCUUAAUUAGCACAGAUAUGCAACAUAAUUAUUUUUAUAAUGAAAAUCUUUUAAAAACACACCAUCUAAGAUUUCAUCCUCUCCUAGUGGAGAUGUAUUUAAGAAUGAAAAAUGUCACCAAGCGGAGCUCCCGAACAAACUUUGUGUUAUACUCAGGACAUGACAUAACAAUGACUCCAUUUUUAAUGCUGUUGGGCAUAUUUGAUGGGAAGUGGACACCUUAUGCAUCCUCUCUAGUCCUUGAAUUGUAUAGCAAGGAAGAGGAAUCAAAGAUACAUUAUUAUUUGAAAAUUAUAUACAAUGGUGCUGACAGAACAAAGGAUUUAAAAUUUUGCAGAGGUUUAGAAAUGUGCAAGUUUAAGUAUUUUGAACAAUUUGUUAAUACUCAUUUAAGGAAUAUGGGACUAAAUGAUUACCUCUCAGAGUGCUUCUCUUGAUGAUUUGUUAUUGGUAGUAAGUAUUUUGAAUAGUUUGUGGAUAUUGAAUUAUUAUUUUCAUAUGCAUUGUGAAGAUCAAAGUUUGACUGGAAGGUGGGGGGUGAAAUAGCAUUAUACUGUCCAUAAAAUAUGAUUUCAUUAGUUAGCUGCUGUGGGUCUUUUCUAUGCAUUUUUGACAUUUUUCAACUUCUUCUCCAGAAGAAGUGGACCAAGUCAUUUAAUCUUGCCAAAGCACCCUCGGGUAAAGAGGGGUUCAUGUUUGUUCAACUGAAGAGUCACUCUCUGUUGUAAGGGUAGACAAUCAUGAAUUAUGUAAAUUUGGUGGCAUGUUUUUCAAAUCUUUAUCUCAAGAACUACUGGAAAAAUAAGAAAAUUAUAGAAAAGUCUCUUGACAUAAUGUAUGUUCAUAAGUUUUGUCCAAAUUGUGUCCCCUUGGGAUAGGGUGCAGCCACAGCAAAAGGAUCAAAUUGUUGUCUUGAAUGUAAAAGAAAAUUCUUUUCAAGAACAUCAGAACAAUCAAUAGUGAUAAAUAUAUGCAGGUAUCCUCAGAUAGUGCAGGUCAAACUUUGUUCCAAUUGUGGCUCCAAGGGAGAAAGUAUAAAUAUUUUGCUAAGGAAUAAAUAGGGACAAUUUUUUUGUCAAGAAUAAGUGGGGGCACAAGAGGGAAGAUGAUUUGAAAAUAUUUUUUGUUUCCCAUUGAUUUCUAUAGUAAAAAACACAAGUUUUACCAAAGUUUUUGAGUUAUCUCUCUUUGUUUUCCCAAAUAAGUAACAUUUUUUGAAAAUCCAUAUAAAUAUUAAAGAUCAUUCGAAUAUCUUACCUUUUGAAAGUGGACAUGGAGGUAGGCGGGAGAAUAAUACAUGUACCCCAGUACUGUCAUUUGCAGUUCUUAUACAGUGUCAUGAUGCCACAUACCAGUAAUAGCAGCUGGGAUCAUCAGACAAUGUUUUACUUUUUCAUUAUAGCAUCAUUUCAUACAUGUUUUCUCUGUGUCAAAAUAUAUUUUUGCAUCAGAAUGUAUUAUGGCUUUCAUUUUGAAUAUUGAUAUAUCUUUUUUGAAUUCUAUCUGAUGAAAGGUGUUUGAACAAGACAUGUUUUGAUAUUACCUAAUUUUUGGACCGUAUGGAGUUCUGAAUGUAUAUCAUUUUCUUUUGUUGAAUUAUUUUAGUGCUUACCAAUGUAUCUAACUUCAGUCACUGUGAUAUUUUGUAUACUAGUAUGCUUUAACAGAAAAUAUUUACAAUCAUGUUCAAUUUCUAUAACAUAUUUUUUGUAUUAUCUUUUGAUUUAUGAUUUCAGCUCACAUGAGGAAGGGCUUUAUUUUUUUUCCUGAACUUUCUAAUUAUUCAUGUGCAUUUAACUAUUGAAAAAGUUUUACAAAUUAUUAAAUUAAAAUUUUUUGCUAUUGAAAAUCAUAUUCCAUUCACAUAUGAACAUUUACUGUUGACAUUGAAAAUAAAGGUGUUUUUCUGUGCAA